AAUCACAUCUCAUCUUCCUUACAAUAUUGAAACCAUCAUUAUGAGGAGAACUUUUCGUGCUAUGCUUGUUCUAGUUGUUGUAUUGUUCUUUGGAGCUGCAGAGUUUUGUUCUGGUCGGAACACGAGCUUUAGCUGUAUAGAAAGGGAGAGAGAAGCCCUCUUGAAGUUCAAACUUUGUUUCCAUGAUCCAUCGUAUAUGUUGUCUUCUUGGAAAGGCAGUAACUGUUGUGAAUGGAAAGGAAUCGGCUGUGACAAAAAUAGUGGAUAUGUUAUCUUGCUUCAACUCAAGGGAUCAAUAUUUGAUCAACUUCUUCGGUACUCUAUUGAUGAUCAACAACCUCAUCAAUUGCACUUAAUUGAUGAUGUCGAGGAGGUUGUUUCAAGUUUGCUCAAGCUAAGAUACUUAGAACACCUGGACUUGAGCCAAAAUAAUUUCAAUGGUAAUCUUAUUCCACCCUCUUUUGGCUUGAUGAAGCAGUUAAGGUACCUAAAUCUCUCUUCUAUGAACUUCAAAAGAAGAAUUCCUGGUGAACUUAGAAAUCUUACGAGGCUUCGUGUCCUUGAUCUUUCCGAUGAACAUUAUGGAAGAUUGAAGGUUGAUGAUGUUCAAUGGAUUUCUCAUCUCUUCUCUUUGCAACAACUUGAAAUGAGUGGAGUAAACCUAAGCCAUGCCUCAUCAAACUUGUUCCAGUUAGAGAGCAUAGAUCUUGCUGGCAAUCAAUUGAGUGGGAGUAUUCCAGAUAGCAUCGGGCAACUUUCUAAGUUAGAGAGUAUAUAUCUUUCUGGCAAUCAAUUUGGAAUAAGAUUUCCUGAAUGGCUUCUAUUGCCAAAGACAAUAAGUGUAAUUGAUCUCUCUAAUGUUAACAUGUCUGGUCCUCUUCCAGAAAACAUUGGUCAUAUGAUACCAGUGUUGCAAGCAUUACACCUUACAAAUAACCUCAUGAAUGGUUCAAUUCCAAAGUCGUUAUGCAAUUCAAAAUCUUUGACACAUCUUGACCUCUCAAACAAUAUGUUUUCCGGAAGUAUUCCUAAUUGUUGGAGAAAUGAUCAAUCAUUCACUUUUAUUGAUCUAUCUUCUAACAAUCUCUCAGAUAACAAUUUGAUAGGAAGGAUUCCUCCUUGUUUUGGAAAGUUCCCAAUUAUGGUGAAUGCAACACAAUUGAUCAACGCCAUGGAUUUGGCAUAUUGGUAUUGGACGCAUUUGAUGAUGGUUGUGAAAGGGAGAUACCUUGAGUAUACAGGAAAAACCCUAGGACUCGAGUGCAGUAUAGAUCUUUCAAGUAACAAUCUAAUAGAAUCCAUACCAGAAGAGCUAAUUUUCCUUAAAGAUUUGCACAAUUUGAAUUUAUCUUGGAAUCAUCUCUUAGGAACGAUCCCUGAGAAAAUUGGACAAAUGGAGAAUUUGGAAUCUCUCGAUUUCUCCCAAAAUGGCCUUUCAGGAAUGAUCCCAAAGAGCAUGUCAAAUUUAACUAAGUUAAGCCACCUCAAUUUGUCCUACAACAACUUGUUAGGCCCAAUUCCAACAGGCUAUCAGCUCCAAACACUCGAAGAUCCAACUAUUUACAUUGGCAAUCCUCAACUCUGUGGAGCUCCACUCCUAAAGAAAUGCUCAAAUGAUGUGUUGCCUCCAAUAACCUCCACCUUCAAGGACAACAAUGAAGGUGCACUUAAAAGAAUGUGGUUUUACAUUAUUGUAAUGUCUGGCUUUGCAAUUGGAUUUUGGGGAGUCGUGGGAACUUUGAUUUUUGUGAAAAGCUGGAGAUAUGCUUAUUUUCAAUGGGUGGAUGAUGUCAAACACUGGAUCCUUAUGGUUAUAACAUUGAAGGUGGCACGAUUCAAGAAGAUGUUUAAUGGCAACCUAGAUGAUUAGUGAGUUAUACAUGGAGCUUGUCGUUGUUACUAAAUUUGUUAUUGAACCAAUUGGACAAGCCCACAUUGUAGGGUGUGGAGUCUGGUCUAACUUUGAAUGAGCCAACAUUGAAUGGGCCAAUCUUAAAUGAACACAUAAGUAUUAGGGUUUGUAAAGUUUUCAAUAAUGUAGCAUAGGCUUA